UAAUGUUGUUAUUGUUGAUUGUGGUAGUUGUGAUAGGUGAUAGUAGCAGUAGAACUGAGAAUUUGGAAAAAAUAUUAUUUUGUUCUUAGUUAUAAGAAUUCUUAUUGUUUGUUAUUUGUUAUAUUAAAUUUUUAGUUUUGCUUAGUAUAGUCCACAUUAAUACACUGGAUUUAUGUUUGUUCAUAGUGGUAUGAGCAGGCUUGGCAUGAUAUCCUUUAAUUUAUGAUUAAUCUUUUUGAAGAGGAAAAAUCAAGAAAAGUAGUGAAAAAGAUUUGAAAUCUGUAUGCUGCCUACUCACUCCAUCUCAUAAUAAAUGUUUGAUUUGAGCUAUGUGUGGUUCUUAAGGAAAUUAAUCGAUGUGUUGAUUUUAAUGAUAAAGUUAGUGUUGUUUACUAAAAUGUCCUUAUUAAUUAUAGUUAGUGGGGUAGUUGAAUUUAGUGAAAGUUAAUAAAUAAGGGUAUAGUGAUGAAAAAAAUAAUAAAUAUUAUAUUGGUAUGGUAAAUAGACAUUUAUUUUGAGACAGAGAAAAAGUGAAAAUGAAACAUUUUUUUAUUAGACGGAGGGAGUAUUAAAUUACAUGAGUUGUUCUGUUAUAUUAUAUGUUUGUUCCAUCUCAAAAGUGGAACAAAACAUUACAUACAGAUUACAGGGUUUGUAGGAAUGCUGAAUAUUCAACUUAAUGUUUAGUUCUUUUCUUUGUGUUAGUUAAUGCAUGACCAAGGUUGAUUUGAUAUUGAAUGAUGUGUUUUAUCUGUAUUUCAAGACAAGCUUAUGAACUAGUCAAAAACCAAAACAAGCAUAUUUUGAACGUUUCAGAGUAAAAAAACGUUUCGUACCUGUGGUAAUAGAAAUAAUGUUUGGUUCAAUUGAUGCAUUAGCAGUUUGGUUAAGCUAGCUCAUCUUGUUACAAUUUGGUGUUAGUGUUAUCGAACCUGUGAACUGGUUCAAAGAACCACUUUGGUUAGAUAAGGGAUGAACCAGACCGGUUUGGAUUUGUCGAACUGAAAACCUAUGUGGUAGUAAACACUUGUGUCAAUAUACGAUAAUAUCUGAUAUAUUGUAUAUUCAGAACACCAGCCUCUAGAAAAAGAUAAAAUUUCCCCUGAACCACUGUUCUUUGCAUCAUUGCGUUCCUACUAAAUCAGCUUAAGAUGACUUCUCCAGACAGUCUUGUAUUCAUGGAACUUGCAAUACAACAGGCAAAGUUAGCUAUGGAUGCUCUCGAAGUACCUGUUGGCUGUGUAAUUGUUGAGGAUGGCAAGGUUAUAGCCUCAGGAAGAAAUCGAACUACCGAGACACGAAAUGCUACAAGACAUGCAGAAAUGGAAGCUAUAGACGUGCUUUUAGAACAGUGGCAGAAAAAUGGACUUUCAAUGACUGAAGUUGCUAAAAAAUUCUCAAACUGCAGUCUUUAUGUUACUUGUGAACCAUGCAUAAUGUGCGCAUCUGCUUUAUCAAAUUUAGGUAUAAAGGAGGUGAUAUAUGGCUGUUCAAAUGAUAAAUUUGGAGGGUGUGGAUCAAUACUAUCAUUGCAUUUAAGUGACGCCGUGUCACCUAAUAAGGGUUUCAAAUGUGUUGGAGGUAUAAUGGCAACAGAAGCCGUGCUUCUCUUUCGAACAUUCUACGAGCAAGGAAAUCCAAAAGCUCCAAAACCCCACAGGCCUCUAGCACAUCAGGCAUCGACUUGAAUUUGUAUAUCACCAAGGGAAGGCAUUUUGUUUAUUUGCGCGAGUUGGUUUGGGCAGCCUCCUUCCCUCUUUACGAAUGGUUAGGUAUAAAUCCUAGAAAGCCUUGCAUCUAGUUUGUAUUUCUUCCGUCGUCUUCUGUUCAGUAACUGUUGCCAAUGGACUCGCCGUCUUCUGUUCAGUAACUGUUGCCAAUGGACUCGCGGGCAAAGCCAUUGUUGGGUUGGGAAUUAACUACAUGUUUUAUUUUAAAACAUGUGAUUGAUUAAAUUAAAUAUUAUAAUUUUAAAAGAAUCUUUAUUGGUUACAUUCAAAUUAAUUUCAAGGAAUUGAUGUGUUUGUAUAUGA